AUGACCUCGUUCACACCCAACCUCAACUUUGACAAGGAGAACUCCAACCCCAAGGACUGGGCCUACCACCUAGGCUGCUUGCCGCAGAAGCAUCACAUCGUCUUCACCAAGGAGGACUUUGUCGCCUUUCUCAAGCAGCACAAUGUGCACGUCGGCCCCAACUUCACCGAGCUCGCCAAGCUGCCAAAGUACGCCACCAUCGGCAAGCUGACCGUGUCGGAUGAUGCCGGCCCUUCUACCGCCGCACCAGCUGCUCCCGCCACCUCAACAGCCUCGCAAGCUUCCCAGCCGCAGCAGCAGGCCUCCGAGGCGGCCGCUCCCGAGCAGUCCAACGUGGUCUACACCAGCUCUGGCGAAGUCUUCCGUCCCAGCCGCAAGGUGCGACAGCUUCCUGGUGGAGGGUCCGCCCAGGUUACUGCUCUCUUUGGCAGCGAUGCGGACCAGGACGAGCCGGCACUUGCUCCUGCACGCCGUGCUCCCGCUGCUCCCGCUGCUCCCGCUGCCCCCGCUGCCCCCGCUGCUCCUGCUGCUACCGCUGCUGCGGCACCUGCUGAUGACGGCUUUGAGCCUCUCGGCGCUGCUCCGGCAAGACGUGUGGCGAGCGGCAACGUCAAGGAGUCGCAUUUCUACGACGACGUGAGCUCCGGGAAGCCAGGCGUCUACGAGGGCGUCCGAAACGAUGCUGUUAUGAACAACGGUUUCCGACCGACGCGACGUGUGCGUGUUCCUGGCGGAACCGGUGGCAUCUCGAGCAUCGCUUUCGACUAA